CGCCCCUCGCGACGUAAACCCGGAAGAAGAAGAAGCAGACGACGAGGCUGUGGUGCUGGUGGUGCUCGUGGAGGCCUUUGACGCGCAUCUCUCCCGCUCGCCGCCUCACCGCGCACCUCCUGGACGUGUCCCGUGGCCUCUCCGCGUUGCCGCUGUCGCGUUCCCGUCGCCGUCCCACGUACCUCGCCGCUGCUGUGGAAGUUAUCGCGAGGCGAGCGGACAGCUUUUGAGAGACGCAGCCAUGGACCGCCUGUUUGGAAAGAGAAAGACCCCGGAGCAGAUGCUGCGGCAGAACCAGCGAGCCCUCACGCGCGCCAUGAGGGACAUGGACCGCGAGAGACAGAAGCUGGAGAUGCAGGAGAAGAAGAUCAUCGCUGACAUCAAGAAGAUGGCCAAAGCCGGCCAGAUGGAUGCCGUCAAGAUCAUGGCCAAGGACCUGGUCCGCACGCGGCGCUACGUCAAGAAGUUCAUCAUGAUGCGAGCCAACAUCCAGGCCGUGUCCCUCAAGAUCCAGACGCUCAAGUCCAACAACGCGAUGGCCCAGGCCAUGAAGGGCGUCACGAAGGCCAUGGCCACCAUGAACAAGCAACUCAAGCUGCCGCAGAUCCAGAAGAUCAUGAUGGAGUUUGAGAAGCAGUCGGAGAUCAUGGACAUGAAGGAGGAGAUGAUGAACGACGCCAUCGACGACGCCAUGGGCGAUGAGGACGACGAGGAGGAGAGUGAUGCCAUCGUGAGCCAGGUGUUGGACGAGCUGGGACUCGGCCUCACGGACGAACUCUCGACUCUGCCGGCCACAGGCGGCUCGCUCAGCGUGGCCGCAGGCAAGAAGGCCGAGGCCGCCGCCGCCGCUGUCGCCGAUGCCGACGCCGACCUGGAAGAGCGACUCAACAACCUGCGGCGUGAUUAGGGGGGGGGGGGGGGUGCAGAGGAAAGGGGGGGGGGUGGGGGGGGGGAGGGAUGAGUGGCGCUGUGGUGGGGGGGUCGGCGUGGAGGUGGCGGGUGAGGCCUCUUCGUGGUGUUCGUGACGUGCCUGUGCAGCUCCUGGGUUGCGCUUGAACGCGCCACGCCGAGAUUCGUUGACGAGACACCCGAGGUCUAAAGCGUUACGCUUGGAUUCUCAGCACGGUACACUUAAGCUUAGACACGGUGCGCUCUCACGCGGCGCCCCGAACGCUCGCCCCCGAAGUCUUCGCCGUACGCUGAAGCCCCAACGGCAGUUCUCUCGGACACCCGACACACCGAGUCUCUUCACGCAUCUCGCGUCGAGAGCAGCGGCACCAAUGAAUCGCGCAUCGGCUGAAUCCCACGGUCUUGAUAUUGGACACAAACACGAGGAGAUUCAUCCCAAUUGAGAGGAGGAUGGGGGAGGGGGGUGAGAGAGCGUGUAGAUGGCGGCGCGUUUAGAGUCGCGCCAGGACAAACGGAGAGAGAGGCGCUCAGCGCAUCGGAGUACAAAUGGCGCUGGGAGAAUCCACAUUGGCCAUUGCCUUGGGGCCCUCGGGACACGUGGUGGCUAAGCAGGCGAUAACAAUGAUACGAAUGAUAACAAUGAUAAGAAUGAUAAGAAUGGCCAAAAGUACAUUUGUACUCUUUGGCUCUUUCGGUAAAGUCACGUAGGUAGAAAAUAAAAAGAACCGAUCACGACGUUUCGAUCGCGACAACAAGCGAUCGUCUUCGGGUGAAAGACAAAUCAAGAUUAAAGUCAAUUUGCGUUCCAUAGCCACCUCCUUCAGCGCCCGCGGGGGGCGCCUUGCAGCCUCUUCACGCUGCGGCAAGCGACCUGCGUCCCGUCGUCUCGACACAUUUGAAAGCGAACGCUCGUUGCUUGCGCCGGCGACGGCUGAGCCCGUGCCGACUUCCACCAGCGCACCAUUUCCAGUACGCGUUUGAGGUCGGGUUGACCUUGGUGGGGUGGGCGGGGGGGGGGGGAAGCGCGGGUGUGAUCCAUGCCAGGUUCGGAUGCUAAUCGGCGUAACGUUGACGGCCAUGGUCCGGAAUUGAACCUGUGUCACCGGCCUUGUGGGGCGCUGUGCAGCGACCCGCCCGCCCCCCCCCCCCCAUAGCCGUUAACUGGCUGUGCUGUUGGCAAGCGUCUGUCCAGGGUGGUACGGGUGCACCAAAUGGGGGGGGGGGGUGGGGCUGGCGUGACGAUCUGCACGCCUGGCCACGCACCAGUUAACUCGUUUUAAGGCCGAGUCGAUCUAGGGGAGGCCCAGGACCGAUAUCAUCUUCCGCUGAUGUUGGCCACGGUCGUGAAUGAAACUUGCGUCCGCUGCGCCGCUGAUCGUCCACCACUCCCCGUUGACACACGUGAUGUACAUAGUGAAAUAGCUACACACUAAAGCUUGGCUCGUUUUGGAAGUGGCUUUUGUUGUUUUACGUUCAUGCUUGGGACACUUGCCCGUUUAUAUUUGCUGUUCCGGAUACUUGCUGCAGUUUAAACGUUUUUAGGCUUCUGCCAUUUCAUUAAAACGGCCCGUUCGUACUUUAAUCGGAACACGU